AUGUCGGGGGUUCAAUACGUGAUCCCGCCGUACGUGCUCAACACGUGUUUGGGGCUGGCGCUCCUCCGCCAGCUCGCCGACAUCGACGACGAAUUGGCCGCAUCCAACGUGAUCUCGCCCCUGCUGGCGCUCUACUACCGCGACACGCCGCCGGCAACCAAGCCGCCGGUUUUCUCCUACGACCACUGGAUCGAAGACAUUGUCCGAGAGAAAGUGUACCAUAAGCUUGUGGCGUUGGGAAUCUUGGGCGCCGAGCCGCCGCCGUUGCCCCUGGUAACCCUGAACUACUUGCGGGAGAUGUUGGACACCGUACGUGACAAAUUGGACAGCGACAGCGACACCGAGGACGAGGACUACCACGGCAACCCCCGCAGCUGGUUGUCGCGGGUGUCGCCGAGCCAUGUCGGCGAAAUUGUCGACCACGGGGCCCUGGUGCCCAAGGAGUACGCCAAGUUGGUCAACAUGCCCCUCACCGAGUUGCUCAAGCAUACCCAGUGUCUCGAUACAUCGUUUCUGGCGCCGCCGAGCGUGGUGGUAGCUCCGGGGUCGAAGCAGUUCCCGUAUUCGCUCCCGUUCUCGUGGCUGCCAUUGAUCCCCGCCAAGUCGCUUGAACAGCUCCACCGAGACUUCCAUCUCCGCACCCACCUCGACAACGGCUACCUGACGAUUGAGAUGCACACCAACCACCCUCCUCCGGAGCGCAACGACCAGCGCCACGACACCGACCCCAAUCUUUUGCGCUACUACAACUUUAUUUGCGAUAAAGAUAUCAAUCCCAGCGUUGGUAUAUUCUACUACGAGGUGGAGGUGGAGCAGGCCACCGCCGAGGUCACCAAUUUCAAGCCGCUUGUCCUGAUGGACGAUCCGCUGGUGCUGCUGAACCAGACGCUCCACAUGUGCGUGGGGUUCGCGCGCCGUCAAUUUUCCCUCGACGGCUCGGUGCUGGCGCUGGAGCGCGUCGACUUGGACAGUAUCAAGCACGCCUUGCUUGCCAAGGACCGCAAACGGCUGCUUGGUGGCGGUCAGACGGAAGUGUUAGAGCUGUUGCUUGUGCAAAAGCCCGGCGACUUACGCGGGCUGUAUGCACUCAACUUCCAGGACCUGGUGUUCUACAAUCUGAUCAAGUAUCUCGAUGCGACCCAACGGCAGGCGAUGCUCAACAUCAACCGCCGUAUCCGCAAUACUCUGCUGGAGGCGGACCAGGGACGGAUCAACCUAGGAUUGCCGUUACGGACGCGAAUCAACGAAAAACAGUCGUCGCUGAAGCUCAGGGUAUACCAAACGGAUGUUGUCGGCUGUGGUAUCAACUUUAUUGACAAGCUGUUGUUCUUCACUUUAAACGGGGUAAUGGCGCGUAUCAUCACCCACGACGAGCUUGUGAGCUCGGCGAUGGCUCAUGAUAACUUGUUCGCCACAUCACGGCGGACGGAGGCACAGUCGCUGGUGCAAAUGAACCUGGUAUAUCCUAUCCUUGGGUUUGAAAUGACGGAGAACUUCAAGAACUCGCUGGAACCAGGCGAACCAGCGGUGGUGCCAACGCAGUGCAAGAUCCGCACCAACUUAGGGUUCAAGGAGUUUAAGUUCAACAUCAACAACUACGUCAAAAACUACAAGGCGGAAAACGAUAAAUAUAUUGCCGAGCUUGAGCGGGAACAGGAUUCGCGGGCUGAAAUGUCGCAGGUCGCCCCUGUUGAGGUGCCUCCAACGAUGCUGUCAGACAAUCUCGACGAUCUUAUUAAGGAUUAUCUCAUGCACGAAGGGUAUAUCGAUACGUUCAAGGCGUUUUCUAACGACGUCUCGGGGCUCCAGCUGGAAUUGGGCACUUCAUCGGAUCCAGUACCUCUGGAUACGCUCUUGCUUAAUAAACUGCACGCCAGCAACCGCAAGCUCAUCAAGCAGUACUUGGACACGCACCAAUUCGAAAUGGCCCGCCGGUUCCUUCAGCUUAAUUACCCUCAAGAGCUCGCCCUGGCAAAGGGACAACUGCUAUUGUUUCAGCUCCGACUUUUGGAGUUUGUGUGGUUGAUGAAGGAGUACCUCCGGCUCAAGCUUGAGCAGGCUCCCGAGGCUCAGCAGGCGUACGAUGAAGCAUUCAAGGCCUGUGGCGAUCUUCGGCUGGCCCAAGCAGAUCAGCCAGAGCGAAUAGCCCGAGUGGAAGAAGUGGCAGGGUUAUUCCUUGUGCGAGACAGCGACACCCUCAAGAAGCAUCAUGCCGGUCAGCUGGCGAUUGCUCUGUUUGAACGUAACCUCAAGCAGCUCUAUUCUCACAUCAACACCCUCAUCUUGGAGCUGCUGGGGUUUGAGCGGGCGCUGAAGCUUGAGAUGAUGUGUGAAAACGUCAGUCAAAACAUCUCGAGGCUCAGCCUAGACUACGAUGACGACAAGUUUAUGUUGGUCAAUUUCGAGCGCGACCACAUGGACUUGUAA